AUGUCAUAUGAUCCACUCAUAGCGCACCUGGAAGACUUGGUUUCCUACGAAGAAAGACAGUACCUAAUCAAGCUUGCGAGACCCCUUCUCCACAAAUCACAAGUCAGCCUCGCCAAUGGCACCCAAACCGAUUCUCCAGGCCGGACAAGCUCCACAGCAUUCCUUCCGUCGAGCGACCCAGUCGUAAUGCAUGUUCUCGAACGAGCCGCGGAAUUUCAAGGAUAUAUAGAUCUAGAUCAAAUGGAUAUGCAAGUCACAGCGUACCGACCCGGCCAAGAAUACAAAGCUCACUUCGACUGGUUCCCGCGACCAAAUGCGAAUGUGCGGAACCGCUUCUCCACCUUCUUCGCCAUCCUCGAAGCUGAUUGUACAAACUGUGGCACUCAAUUCCCUAGCAUCCAGCUCGAUACUGAAACCCUGGACUCAAGAUGGUGUAAGAGUAUCAACUGCACUGCAGAGUCCCUCACCACUCUCAAUUUCCCGGGCCACGCACUCUUUUGGAGGAACCUGGAUCCUUGGGGUGCACCAAGACAAGAUGUGUUGCAUGCGGGCUUGCCUGCAUUUAAUGGAACAAAGAUCGGGCUCAAUAUCUGGACGGAAAUCGAGGUCGAUCCGGAUCUGUAUCCAUCUCAAGAAGAAGCAGAAGAGGCCGAGGCAGAAUACGACGAAGAAGAAUGGAAAAAUUGGGAUCAAGGUGACGAUCAAGGGAGUGAGGAAGAGCUUCUUGAUUCUGCGAUCUGA